GUGUUCAAACCUAAAAACUAGAUGGACUUCGGAUGGAGCUGAUGUUCCCUUUCUGAAUCCUGAAUUUGAAGCAUUUUUGCACUCUGUCCUCUCAAUGGGUGCAGCAAUCAGAUUUGGGUUUUGAGUUUUAGCCUCCAUCAGUUAAUAGGGUAAAAUUUUCAAAUCCAAAGCUUUUUUUUUUUUGGUAAAGAUCAUCCGAGGUUCGACGUUCGAAGAAAAGGCGAGUAGAUUCACAAAAUUAAUGUGUGGAACGCCAUAGGAUUCCAGCGGAGAGUUUCGAUUUUUCUGAUGAUUGACAGCCCUCGCCGCUUCAUAAAUUUAAUUCUUCUCUGGAAUCCAACCACUUUUUCUCACCCAUCCCUUUCGAACUUUCCCAAAUUCUUCUCCUCAACCCCUUUCCAACCACUUUCAACCAGAAACUCCUCGUACAUCAUAAGUAGAUCUGAGGUAACCAUCACAAAAACCCUUCUCUCUCUCUCUCUCUCUCUCUCUCUCUCUCUCUCUCUCUCUCUCUCUCUCUAUUCAUCUAUUCAGUUCAUCACAUUGAUCGAAUCGAUCGAUUGAUUGAUUCAAUGGCCGCACCAUCAUCUUUCUUCUGCUCUUUGAAGUUUCUGGUAGUGAUUUGCCUUAUAACGGCGGUUCCUCUGGCCUUCGUGAUAUCGUUGGAGAGGAGGAUCAGAUCGGAGGGUUUCUGCUACGAGUACCACAGCCUUGGAUGGUUGAGGGAAAGCAGCAAAUGGGACGAUCUCAACCGUCGCUUCCUCGUCUCCAGCUUCAACGGCGGUCUCGCCCAGAUCCCCAUUCCUCAAGACCACACCUCCGGCACCGUCUUGCUGGAGGAAGCCGUCGUCCGUGACGAUGAAGUUUCAGGGAACGCUACGUUGGGCAUCGUGAUCGACCGUCCCAGGAACCGUAUCCUGGUCGCCAUUGCCGAUGUUGUCGGCAAUCGAUAUGGUGCCGUCGCUGCUUACGAUCUCAACACCUGGAAGCGCCUCUUCCUCACUCAGCUCAACGGCCGCCCAGGCGAUGAUAAGGCAUUCGCAGAUGAUGUAGCAGUAGAUCAAGAUGGCAAUGCUUACAUUACAGAUGCCAAGGGCAACAAGAUAUGGAAGGUAGGAGUGGAGGGAGACCUGAUAUCUGUGAUCAGAAGCCCACUCUUCCACCCCAAAGACUGGUACAAGAACAUUGUAGGACUCAAUGGGAUAGUUUACCAUCCAAAGGGUUUCUUGCUGGUCAUCCACACCUUCACUGGCAAUCUCUUUAAGAUAGAUCAUUUGGGGGAUAAAGAAGAAGUGGAGGUUAAGUUAGUUAAGUUAGUUGGAGGAGGUUCUCUGGUCCUUGGUGAUGGCAUAGAGCUGUUGUCUCCUACAAAGCUUGUGGUUGCAGGGUCGACACCUUCUGGGAGAUUGGUUGAGAGCUUGGAUGGAUGGGAGACGGCUAAGGUGGUCGCCAAAUACUCCGGGCCUUUGCAUCGGGUGGCCACCGCCGUGACUGUCAAGGAUGGAAAGCCGUAUCUGAGCCACUUGCUUGGCUUGGGACUGCCUAGGAGAAAGCAUGUCAUCGUCGAGGCCGCCUUCUCCCCGGUUUAAGAAUGCCGGCGUAUGCAUCAGUAAUGUAGUUUCUAGUUACAAUUCUUAAGAUCGUAGCCUUGGAUAGAUAAUUAAGGAUCUUAAUUUUCAAAGAAGGGGAGUCAUCCAUGCAUUUUGUUGAAUACAUCAUCUGCCAUUAUCUGGUUUGUCAAGUUAGUGUAUGUUUUGAAGUGUCAAUCGACUUCUACUCUAUAUGUCUGUAUUUUAAAGGAAAGAAGUUUUCGGAGCAGCCAAUGUACACAUGGGAUUUUUCAA